ACCUUGUCUCAUUCCCAUUCCCAUUCUCAAUUCUAUUCCUCAAAUCUCAUCACUCUGCAAUUCUGCAUUUUAUUUAUAAUUAUAAACCUCUGUGAGUUAGUUGUUGCAGAACAAUCAUGGCGCUCAAGGCGGUUCAUGUCUCCGACGUUCCUAAUGUCUCCUCGGCUCUCUAUUCCUCCACCGCCUUCUCACAAAGCGUUGAAGUGGUCGGGAAAGUGGCGUACAAGCCGCCCAAGUUUCUCGUGGUCGGGCACAGAGGGAGCGGGAUGAAUGUUUUGCAGUCGUCGGAUCGGAGAUUGACGGUUGUCAAGGAGAACUCCAUUGUUUCUUUCAAUGCCGCCGCCAAUUACCCCGUAGAUUUCAUAGAGUUUGAUGUUCAGGUGACAAAAGAUGGCUGCCCUGUCAUUUUCCACGACGAUUUCAUCCUUACCCAGCAAAAUGGUGUUACAUGUGAGAAGAGGGUAACAGAUUUGAGCCUGGGAGAAUUCCUGAGCUACGGCCCUCAAAAGGAAACCGACAAGACAGGAAAACCACUUCUUAGGAAAACCAAAGACGGCGAUGUUUACACGUGGGCGGUCGAAACCGACGAUGCGUUAUGUACUCUCCAAGAAGCUUUCGAGGGAGUGAACUCUGCCCUGGGCUUCAACAUCGAGCUCAAGUUCGACGACUACGUAGAUUACCAGCAAGACCACCUCGUCCGUGUUCUUCGGGACGUGUUGGAAGUUGUGAUUGCGCAUGCCAAGGAUCGGCCCAUCAUUUUCUCGUCUUUUCACCCUGACGCGGCUCUGCUUGUCAAGAAACUUCAGAGCGUUUAUCCUGUCUUCUUCCUCACCAAUGGGGGCACUGAGAUCUAUGAUGAUGUGAGGAGGAACUCCUUGGAGGCGGCUAUGAAACUGUGUUUGGAAGGUGGCCUGGAAGGGAUUGUUUCUGAGGUUAAAGGCAUCUUUAGAAACCCGGCGGCUGUGAACAAGAUCAAGGAGUCUGAUCUCUCACUCCUCACAUAUGGCAAGCUCAACAAUGUGGUGGAAGUGGUGUAUAUGCAGCACAUGAUGGGCAUUGAUGGAGUGAUUGUGGAUUUUGUUGAGGAAAUAGGAGAGGCUGUUUGGGAGAUGUUGAAGCCAUCCAAGGAGGAGGAAGAAGAAGAAGUAUUCAAAGGGGAUGCAGUUCAAAAACCCAAAUUCUCAAAGAGGGAGUUGACAUUUUUGCUUAAACUCAUACCUGAAUUGAUUCAACAAUAACAUUAGCCCAGCGCCAAAUGUUAUGUUGUAUAUAAGAUGUUUGAAGAUCAGUCAUUCACUACAUGGAAUGGAAGUAUGUAUGUAUUAACGGUUAGGGAAGGAAGGGCAUUCUCAUCUGUUUCUGCUCUGUAAUGGAUGACGGUGUACUUUAUAAUUUAUAUACAUGGUGGAUGGGCACACAAAAUGAAUCAGUGCUCACUUUUUUA